CACUUCUUCACUAUCUUUUCAUUUUAAUGUUAAGACUCACUGAAAUGUUAUUUCUGGUGAUGAUUUGAAAUGUUCAAAGUGCUGCUGUUGGUUCAUGUUAUAGCUUCACAACUGAAAGCCAUACACUGCGUUUGGAUAGUAUUCAGACCCCUUCCCUUUUUCCACAUUUUGCUACUUUAGUCUUAUUGUAAAAUGCAUGAAAUAAUUUUUCCUUAUCAAUCCACACACAAAACACACAUUUCUAAAAAACUUUUUUUUGUUAUUAUGGGGUAUUGUGUUUAGAUUGAGGGGAGAAAACAAUUUCAUCCCUUUUAGAACAACGUAACAGUAAGGGGGAAUGUUAGUGCGAAUGUUAGUUGACAAAAGGCUUUUUUGAGGUUGGGCUGUGAAAGGGGGGGUGCUGUGAGAUUAUUUAAGAUGCCCUGAAGAGGUAGGGUUUCUGAUGUUUUCACUAGAUGGGCAGGUAGCUUCAGGGGGGAGCUGGUUACAACAUUGGGGUGCCAGGACAGAAAAGAGCUUGGACAGGCUGAGAGGGAGCUGCCCUCCUGUAGGGGUGGGAGAAUGGACUGCUCGGGUGUUGGGUUUGAGCCUGAAGGUGUUUUGGCCUGUUUUGGCCAACGAGAUUUGAUCGCCACAAUGCCAGAUAAACUGGAUGGACUGACUGGCUCCUGUGUGGAAAUCCCAUGUUCAUUUGAUAUUCCUGAACAACAUAAGGAUAAAUUUAACAGUGCAAUACAAACCUCUGGAGUGUGGAUUAAAGAAUCACCACAGUUUGGUGGGAGUCCGGACAAUGUGAUAUUUAACAGUAGUGAGACGGUCAACAGAUAUCAAGGGAAUAUAACUGGCAACAUGUCCCAGAAGUACUGCACCACAGUCCUCUUCAAUGUAACCACCAGUUACACUAAUAGAUACUUCUUCAGGAUUGAGAGUCAACCAUUCCGUGCAACAGACAAUGAAAAGUCUGUUAAAAUAGUUGUCAGAGAUUUGCCUUCCAGUCCCAACAUUACUGUCUCAGGUGAGGUGAAGGAAGGGACCCCUGUCAGCUUGAACUGCUUUGCUGUCGCUCCCUGUCCUGAACACCCCCCUGAGCUGACAUGGACUCUCCCAACACAGUUCACAACUGAGAAGCAACUGCAUGAGAAUCCAGAUUUAACCAAAUCAGUUCUCUCCAUGGUGACCUUCACUCCGUCAUACCUUCAUCAUGAGAAGAACAUCACUUGUACUGCAGUCUACCCAGUAGGGACAAGCAACAAGACAGCUGAACAUAACAUGAUGCUUAACGUUUCAUUCUCUCCUAAGAACACCUCGGCCUCCAUCAGUCCAGCUGAUCCAGUAUUAGUGGGCAGCUGUGUAAAUCUGACCUGCAGCAGUACAGCCAACCCUCCUGUGACAAACUUCACCUGGUUCCAGAUCAGUGGGGAUAAAAGAAUACAGGUAGCAUCUGGACUGAGUUACUCCCUUAAUGUGACUGUUGGUGAUGGAGGACUGUACUUCUGUGAAGCAAGAAAUAGUCAAGGCUGUGGCAAGUCAAAGGAAGUGCAACUGGCUAUUAAAGAGCCAAAAACCUCAAUGGUUGUUGGGGUUGCAGCAGGAACUCUGGGGGCCUUUUUGUUCAUCAGCCUGAUCAGUGUUUUUGUAUGGAGGAGAAACUCUAGGCUCCACGAUGGACUUGAAAGCACAGACAAUCCACAGGGACAGAACUCCCCGGUUGGGACAGUGUGUGCUAACCAGGCCACAGCCGGAGAGGAACCAGAGGAACCUGCAGAAGACCAGUCUGAAGAGAUCCACUACGGUGACAUAGACUUCUCCAAACUACAGCCCAAAGAGACCCCAGCUGCAGCCCAGGAUAGGGUCCAGGGACAGGAGAGUGAGUACGCUGAAGUCAAUGUGACCGGGAGAGGGGACAAGGUACAACACCGUAACAACCUAGAUGGGCUUUAUGCACAAGUGAAUUAAAGAGGUGCAUGUUAAUUUUCCAAUGGGUAUUAAGUGUUUUUUGUACAGUAUUGUCAUUGUGUAUCAGUUUUCUAUUUGUACUUUUGUUACAUUUAUAAUUGUGUUCUCUUUGAUUAUCUGCAUAUUUGUAGAAUUUGCUGGGUUGAAAAGUGUUUAACUGUUACUGUAGUGGUGAUACGAUGAUGUUGGCUACUCUUUAUUUUAGACCAUUUAUUUUUAGUGUUGAGUUCACAGAGCAUCUGUUUAAUGGGUUCCAGUAUAGAGGAACUGCUGAGUUCAACUAGACAACUGAAGGCAGUUUAAGUCCAUAUAAAGUCAAUUAGGACUGAGGAGAGAAGACACAGUUAGUUGUAGAGACUGUGGUCUGAUACAAGACAGGAAGUUGGUGAAGUAAGUCUACAUGAUGGCAGAAUGGUGUUAACAUCUACUAGUCACUGUUUAUCUUAAUAUUUUGUGCAGUUCCCAGAAUAACAAUACAAUAUAUUUUCAGUUCAUAUCUAUUUAGAAGUUGUUGUGUCAGUUUUUGUGUUGAGUGUUAAAUCAAAGAAACAAUUGAGACGGAAUUUAAGGUUGUUUAUUAAUUGCCCUGUAAUUAAAACCGUUACAUUCAA